AUGAGCGACAAUAAGGAAUCCAAGUACAUCGACGAGGGCGUCGCCCCGGUCGACAUCCACAGCCAUGAUCACCAAAUCCAACAAGGCAUGGUCUCUGACAAUGCGGACCAGUUGCAACGUCGGCUUGGCAACCGUCAGAUCCAACUCAUUGCCAUCGGAGGCUCGAUCGGCACGGCGCUCUUCGUGAGUAUUGGCGGCGGCCUCGCAAAAGGCGGCCCGCUGAGCUUGUUCCUCGCCUACACCUUCUACAGUGGUCUGCUCGGCCUCGUCAACAACUGCAUCGCCGAAAUGACCGUCCUACAUCCCGUCUCUGGAGGCUUUAUCCGUAUGGCUGGCAAGUGGGUAGACGACGCCUUCGGCUUCAUGGCCGGCUGGAACUUCUUCUUCUACGAGGCUCUCUUGAUCCCGUUCGAAAUCACCGCUCUCAAUCUGGUCUUGUCCUUCUGGAGAGAUGACAUUCCGACUGCUGCUGUGUGCGCCGGCUGUAUUGUGCUCUACGCUCUUCUCAACGUCCUCGCCGUCAAGGCAUACGGAGAAGCUGAGUUUUGGCUCUCCGGAGGAAAGGUCAUCUUGAUCUUCAUGUUGUUCUCCUUCACAUUUAUCACCAUGUGCGGUGGCAACCCUAAACAUGAUGCCUACGGAUUCCGCUACUGGAGGGAUCCCGGCCCAAUGGCUGAGUUCCACACGAAGGGCAACCUUGGCCGAUUCGAGGGCUUUCUCGCAGCACUGUGGUCAGCGUCUUUCACCGUGGUCGGCCCCGAGUACAUCUCGAUGGUCUCCGCCGAGGCGAAGCGGCCUCGGAUAUACAUCAAGGCUGCGUUCAAGACCAUCUACUGGAGAUUCGGCAUCUUCUUCAUUCUCGGAUCUCUUUGUGUCGGUAUUGUCGUUGCCUAUAACGACCCAACCUUGGUCGACGUCAUUUUCGGCUCUGGAAGCGGGGGUGGCACCGCCGCUGCGUCACCCUAUGUGAUUGCGAUGACUAACCUAGGCGUCGAGGUGCUCCCUCAUAUCACCAACGCAUUGAUGGUCACGAGCAUCUUCUCCGCGGGCAACACCUACACCUACUGCGCAACCCGCAGCUUGUACGGACUGGCAAUCGAGGGACGUGCACCACGGUUCCUGCGCAAGUGCACCAAGAACGGCGUGCCAAUCUGGUGCUUCAUUAUCGUCAUGUUCUUCCCAUUCCUAUCCUUCCUGCAGCUUAGCAACAGCUCGAACAAGGUCCUGACCUGGUUGGUCAAUCUGAUCACCGCCGGCGGCAUCAUCGACUACAUCGUCAUGUGCGUCACCUACAUCUUCUUCUACCGCGCGUGCAUGGCCCAGGGGAUCGACCGCAAAUCAUUCCCCUACACCGGCUGGUUCCAGCCGUACUGCGCCUACAUCGGCCUCGCUGGAAUGUCCAUCGUUGUCUUUUUCUACGGUUACUCCGCCUUCACGCCCUGGAGCGUCGAUACAUUCUUCUCCUACUAUGCCAUGGUGAUCGUGGCGCCUGUUCUGUUCGUCGGCUGGAAAAUCAUCCACCGAACUAGGAUCGUCCGCCCUCACGAGGCCGAUCUGGUGUGGGAGAGAUAUGUCGUGGAUGCCUACGAAGAGUCAUUCUUCACUCCCCCUGUGGGCUUCUGGACUGAGAUGAUCCAGUUGGUGGGAUUCAAGCGAGGCAAGCAAGACCGUCGCACCUCGGUUGAUGGGUCUAUGGUUCAGCAGAUCUAA